AAACCCAUAAAUAAAUAAUGUACCAUGUAAAGCAGGCGUAUGAAAAGGAAACUAGAUAUGCGGAUGUCUAUAUAUACACACCCUUCCCAUACUUCAGACACCGUUUCGGUUUUUGUUGAUCAUUAAUUCCUACUCCGUUCCACUCUCUCUUUCAUGUUCAAAUCUUCUAUAUAAUCCACCUCGUAAAUAGGCAUAUAUCUUUCGACGACGUACGCUGGUUCUUUUGAAAACCAAGGAAGAUGAAAAGGGUUGUGAUGAGAAGAGCAUUAUUGGAAUCCAUACAUUUCCGGGCCUGUGGACGUCGGUAUAAUUCCCAGACAGCCGAUGCAUGUUCUGCUGCAAAGGAAGUCGACAUAUUCCCUCAAAUGCCUCCUUUCGACUACACUCCGCCGCCGUACGCGGGUCCCACCGCCGCUGAAAUCUUGGCGAAGCGAAAAGAAUUUCUCAGCCCUUCUAUGUUUUACUUGUACAAAAAACCUGUGAACAUUGUCCAUGGCAAGAAGCAGUACUUGUUUGAUGAAAACGGACGCAGAUACCUUGAUGCUUUUGGCGGUAUUGCGACAGUGUGUUGUGGGCAUUGUCACCCUGAUGUGGUUAAGGCCAUUGUCAAUCAAACAGAAACCCUACAACACUCCACUAUUCUAUACCUCAAUCAUGCAAUUGCUGAUUUUGCUGAGGCUUUGGCUUCCAAGCUACCUGGUGAUCUGAAAGUUGUUUUCUUUACCAAUUCGGGGACGGAGGCAAAUGAAUUGGCAAUGAUGAUGGCUCGAUUAUACACGGGUUGUCAUGAUAUUAUAUCACUAAGAAAUGCUUAUCAUGGAAAUGCAGCUGGAACUAUGGGGGCGACAGCACAAUCGAAUUGGAAAUUCAAUGUUGUCCAGAGUGGUGUGCAUCAUGCCAUGAAUCCAGAUCCAUACAGAGGUCUCUUUGGUUCGGAUGGUGAAGAGUACGCAAAGGACGUCCAAGAUCUAAUUCAAUUUGGAACAUCUGGUCAUGUCGCUGCCUUCAUAUCCGAAGCCAUACAGGGUGUUGGCGGAAUUGUUGAGUUAGCUUCAGGUUACUUACCAGCUGUAUAUAACAGCAUCAGAAAAGCAGGAGGUCUUUGUAUUGCAGAUGAGGUUCAGUCUGGAUUUGCUCGAACUGGAAGCCAUUUUUGGGGAUUUGAAACGCAAGGUGUUGUGCCUGACAUUGUCACGAUGGCAAAGGGAAUUGGGAACGGAAUACCCCUUGGUGCUGUAGUGACUACUCCAAAGAUUGCUGAAGUCUUGACCCGGAGAAGUUACUUCAACACUUUUGGAGGAAACCCUGUGUGCACUGCAGCAGGACUUGCUGUACUUAGAGUAAUUGAGAGAGAAAAUCUUCAGGACAAUGCUCACGUAGUUGGUUCCUAUCUAAAAGAGCGCCUCAAUGAUCUCAAGGAGAAGCAUGAAAUUAUCGGUGAUGUUAGGGGAAGAGGACUAAUGCUAGGGGUUGAACUAGUCACCGACCGCCAACUUAAAACUCCUGCAAAGGUCGAAAUUCUGCAAGUGAUGGAUCAAAUGAAAGAUAUGGGAGUUUUGGUCGGAAAAGGAGGAUUCUAUGGAAAUGUAUUCAGAAUUACACCUCCACUCUGCUUCAGCCGGGAGGAUGCUGACUUUCUGGUGGAUGCCAUGGACUAUGCAAUCUCCAAGUUGUGAAGUGGCAAUCAACACUUGAGGAACACUUAUUAAUCGUCAUGUACACAAUAAAAUGUUCAUGCCGCACUAUGCAUCCUAGUUCCAAAAAUGAACGUGCUAUUCUAUUAAAUGUAUAGCCAGCCAUUUUGUGUUUUAGUUCCUAUCUUAAACAUGUAAAAUGAAAGAAAACCUGGAAAUUAUUAGCACAUCUGGAGUAUGAAAGUCUACCGACAAUGACUCUGAAGCUUGUUCGUGUAA